AAUAUUGAUGUUUUCAAAAAACAUGUAUACUUAACUGUUGUCUGGUGAUAGGCUCUUGAAUAUAAUUAAAGUGUAUUUUCGAUUGCUAUAUAUAGUUCGAAUUUAGAAGGAUUCUCAAAGUAUCAUUUUGUUGUUCUUUAAGAAAAAUCAAAAUGAAACUAUUUGUCGCCUUCGCAGCCAUCAUUUUGAGCGUCAGUGCUUUGUCACUCAACGACCAUUGGGAAAACUUUAAGGUCAAACAUGGCAAAGCUUACAAAAACCCAAUCGAGGAAAGAGUCCGCUUUUCAGUUUUCCAAUCCAAUCUGAAACUCAUCAACGAACACAAUGCCAAAUACGAUCAAGGUCUUGUAGGUUACACAAUGGCAGUCAACCAGUUCGCUGACAUGACCCAAGAAGAGUUCAAAGCCAAGCUCGGUAUGCAAGCAAAGAAUAUCCCUAACAUCAAGACAACUCGUCAUGUUCAAGAUGUAAAUGUUGAGGUUCCAGACUCCAUUGACUGGAGACAAAAAGGUGCCGUUUUAGGUGUUAAAGAUCAAGGACAGUGUGGAUCUUGCUGGGCUUUCAGUGCUACUGGUUCCCUUGAAGGACAAAAUUACAUCAUCAAUGGCCAAUCAGUAGGCCUCAGCGAGCAAGAACUUUUGGAUUGUUCCUCAGACUACGGAAAUGGCGACUGCGACUACGGUGGUCUUAUGACCAGCGCUUUCGAAUAUAUCGAAGACCACGGAAUCGAAUCUGAAUCUAGCUAUCCUUACGAAGCUGAACAAAGAGAAUGCAGACGCAGUUCUGGCAAAGCUGCAGUUAACAUUCAAGGUUACAAAGAAGUAGCAGCCAAUGAAGAAUCUUUAAGACAAGCAGUUGGUACUGUUGGUCCAAUUUCUGCAGCAAUUAACGCUAAUCCCCUCCAAUUCUACUCAAGUGGUGUUUUUGACGGCCAGUGCGCAAAUAGCAGGAAUGACUUGGAUCACGGCAUCCUGGUCGUAGGUUAUGGUGAAGAAAACAACAAGCCUUAUUGGAUCAUCAAGAACUCAUGGGGUGCAGAUUGGGGUGAGCAAGGUUACUUCAGACUGGAGAGAAAUGUUAAUAUGUGCGGAUUGGAUUUAGUGACAAGUUACCCAGUUCUGUAAACAUAUUCUCAGUCUUCAUAAUUGAAUAAAAUGUUUUUAUAAAAA